AUGGUCAAGCUCAAGGGCUGGCUGACGGGCUCGUUCCCGAUCUCUCUCACACUCAUCAUCACUCUGUGCUGCAGUCUUCUCUCUGCUGGUCCUGUCCGCCGCGAUGACUUGCUAGCGACACCCACGCCCGAUGGUCUCUCCUCCGUCGGUGUGCACUCUCGGUCUGCGAUCCGGUCCCAUGGUCACACUCAUCCCGGCCAUUUCCCACCGUUCCCACCGCACGCCGCCCCCACUCGCGAUGUCAAGCUCGAGGCUCCUGGCGCACACCAGCUCACUAAUCCGGACACCGAUCUGAACAACUACGCGAUCAAUUGCAAUAACAAUCACAAGGACACCAACGAUUGUGGCAAGAAGGGUUUCUCUUGCAAUAGCAAUGGUGUACUUGCGACCUCUCAUCCGGUGACAGACUACUUCUGCCUAGCCUCUUGCUGGUGUCAGAGUCUCUUAUCGCCUCCAAAGCCGAUCCCCUGCAUCGUCAAGAACGGCAGAACGUGCCUGGUCGAUAAUGGCAUUGCCACCAACGCUGAUACAGGCGAAGUGGUCGGCGAUGUGUCUCAGGCGAAGACCCUCUCGGACGGCACGCUAGACUUCACGGCACUUGUUGAGAAGCGCAAUACCGAUCUCGUCCACGACUACGCACUUGUUUGCGGUGACCGUGUGCUCACAGGAUUGUGUCAAGCCUAUGAGCACCGUUACUCUUGCAACGGAAAUGGUCGAGUCAUCCACGCGGGACUUGCAGAGAGAACCUGCGAGGCCAUCUGCCAAUGUAUCAACCUUGUGCCCCGCCCCAGAAUUCCUGUUCCCUGUUAUGCCGACACACGCAAGAAUGUCCAGCAUUGCCAUGUCAUAGAUGACAGUAUCUACGAUGCUAACGGCACUGUCGUCGGCAAUGUGACCGAGGCUACCUUCCUUCCCAAUGGUACGUUGAAGUACACCCCGACAAUGUUGGAAAAGCGCGAAGCACUCAGCCAUGACUACGCCCUUGUCUGCGCCGAGAAUAGGGCCACAACGAAUGCCUGCGCUGGUGACCCCUGGAAAUACACAUGCAACUCGAAAGGCAAGGUCACCCGGAAAGGGAAAUCUUCGAAGAUUUGCAAGGAUUCUUGUCACUGCGUCAACCUCAAGCCUAGGCCGAAAUGCAUCAUCUCACCCCAUGUGCGGGUACACUGUCACAUGGUGGAAGACACCAUCUAUGACGAAAACGGCACCAUCCUAGGCAAUUCCACCAAUGCUGUCGUACAUUCAAAUGGCACAUAUGACCUGACCAUGCUGUUCGCUCAAGAUUCGAACGUUGGAGACAACUCUAAGACGGCGAUGCUCCCGGCAUCAAGCACAGUAACCCACUCACCUGUUCUUGCUGCAACGCCUACGUCAGGGUCACUGGGCGGCUUUUCAGGGUUUACGGAGGUGGUUGCCAGGGAUGCGAACAAAGCAGUGAAGGUGUCGAUCCCAGUUGUGACAAAAGUGUCGGCUGUCCCUACCACUACGCCAUCAAACACUCUGGACUUCUCAACACCCACCCAGUUGCCACAUGAAAAUGUCGCACUAUCAUCGCGGUCGGGACCUGACUUCACCCCGCAAUCUCUGGCUACUGAAGGCAGAUUCGAUGUGCAGUGCGCGGCUCACGGCGAAUACAGCCAAUCUUUAACCGACCGCUGCAUGUCUGCGCAUUAUACUUGUCUUCGCAUUCCCAUCUACCCGUUGGCUAUGUUGCACCAUACAGGCACGCCGGAUGCGGAGUGCUCUGCUAAAUGCAAAUGCCUAGCUUCCUUUCCCAAGGCCAUGGUCGCGGAUACUGCGGAUCUGGCUCCGGCGGCAAUUUCCUCAGCAACUGCCUCCCCUGGCGACUCUCUCCAACCUGUCCAGUUCGAGUGCUGGUCCAAAGACAAAUACAACGACACUCUGACACAACACUGCUGGAACAACGAUUAUGGUUGUCUGGAGCUUGUCCACGACACUUGGCUUUACACUCUGCACCACUGGGGUGAUGAGAUCCCGGAGUGUACGCAUAGCUGCCGUUGUCCGAACCUUACCCGCCGCGAUGCCCGACAGUCGAUCCAUCCGAAGCCCUUCCUCCCAGCAAGAAAUGACCCUGUCCAGUCUCCCAACAAGUACAAACUCAGCUGCGGCAAUCUCCAUGAUGGUCCUGAGUUCUGCUCUAGCGCCGAUCUAGGCUACUUCUGCACCGCCAACAUGACUGUGGCACGCAACACUACUGUGCACAACAAUGACGCUGCUUGGUGUGACGCUUCGUGCAGCUGUAUCUUCGCUGACGCGGUCCCUUGCAUCAAUAGAUGGGGCAUCCCACGCUGUCGUGAACUGGUUGAUGGCACAGUCCGUCACGCUGACGAUAUGAAGGUCGUCCUGGCAUAUACAAGCAAUGUGGUUGUGUUGGCCAAUGGUACGCUCUUGAUUGACAAGGCGCAAGGUGGAUUUUUCCCGUUUGUCGCGACCGAAAGCGGCUUUUUGCAUGAUGGUAACGGAACCAGCAUGGUGUUCAAAGUGUCAACAAAUUGGAACGGCACUGGAAACGUCUAA